AUGGAACAAUCUCGGACUUCAGCUUUCCUCUCCGUCAUUCUAAAACUUACCACCUUUUUAGCUUUUUUUUUCACUGAGAUCCAACAUGUCACUGCAGCGGGCUCAAAAUCAAGCCCCAAUGGUAACCAAACCAAAAGUUGUACUGGGAGUUUUGAGUGCAAAGAGGGUGUGAUCCUACCCAUAUGGACACCAGUAAACCCAUCCUUUGGAGACAAGUUGGCAAGAGCCACUGUCUACUUUGUUGCCAUGUUCUACAUGUUCCUGGGGGUCUCUAUCAUUGCAGAUCGUUUCAUGGCUUCCAUAGAAGUUAUCACAUCACAAGAGCGAGAGAUCACCAUCAAGAAGCCCAAUGGUGAGAAAAGCACCACGACAGUUCGCAUCUGGAAUGAGACCGUUUCCAACCUGACCCUCAUGGCCCUUGGCUCAUCUGCUCCAGAGAUCCUGCUAUCUGUGGUUGAAGUAUGCGGGCAUAAUUUUGAUGCAGGCGAGUUAGGGCCGAACACCAUUGUGGGAAGUGCAGCCUUCAACAUGUUUGUUAUCAUUGGUCUCUGUGUGUCUGUUAUCCCAGAGGGAGAUCAUCGGAAAGUCAAACACCUGAGGGUAUUCUUUGUUACCGCCUUCUGGAGUAUCUUCGCAUACACCUGGCUAUACCUUAUCUUGGCUGUCAUCUCUCCAGGCAUAGUGGAGGUAUGGGAGGGGCUACUUACACUAUUCUUCUUCCCAGUGUGUGUUGUAUUUGCAUGGGUAGCAGACCGCAGGCUCCUUUUCUACAAAUACGUUUAUAAACGUUACCGGGUGGGGAAACAGAGGGGGAUGAUCAUUGAGACUGAGGGUGAACCAGAACCCUCAAAGGCAGAUAUUGAAAUGGAUGGUAGGAUGCUGAACUCCCAUUCCGAGGAAUUGUUAGAUGGAGUUUUAGAUGUUGAUGAUAAAGAUUUAGAUGAAGAAGAGGCCAGAAGAGAAAUGGCCAGGAUACUGAAGGAACUGAAGCAAAAGCAUCCUGAAAAGGAGAUGGAGCAACUAAUUGAACUCGCCAACUACCAGUUCCUCAGCCAACAGCAGAAGAGUCGCGCUUUCUACCGCUGCCAGGCAACAAGGCUCAUGACAGGUGCAGGAAACAUACUAAAGAAACAUGCAGCAGAUCAAGCACGGAGAGCCGUUGGCAUGCAUGAGCUUCGUUCAGAAGUCUCAGAACAUGACUUCACAUCAAAGAUUUUCUUUGACCCUGGUACAUAUCAAUGUCUGGAAAACUGUGGCACAGUGGCUUUGAAUGUGGUACGUCGUGGUGGAGACUUGACCAGCACUGUGUCAGUGGACUACCGUACUGAAGAUGGCACUGCCAAUGCCGGUUCAGACUACCAGUUCACAGAGGGUGUCAUUGUGUUCAAACCUGGUGAGACAGAGAAGGAGAUUCGAGUAGACAUUAUCGAUGACGAUAUCUUUGAAGAGGAUGAGCACUUCCUUGUUCACCUCAGCAAUGUGAAGGUGAUAUCUGAGGGGACAGGAAAUGGAAACCCGGGGCUCAAUCAUGUUGACACGCUUGCUUGUCUUGGCCUGCCUUCAACAGCCACAGUGACAAUCUUCGAUGAUGACCAUGCAGGGAUCUUUACAUUUGAGGAGCCUGUUGUUCAUAUCAGUGAGAGCAUUGGCAUGAUGGAAGUCAAAGUAGUCCGUACCUCUGGAGCUCGUGGGGUGGUGGUGCUCCCUUACAAGACCAUUGAGGGCACAGCGAAAGGAGGAGGAGAAGAUUUUGAAGACACACAUGGCGUACUGGAGUUCCAGAAUGAUGAAAUAUUCAAAAGUAUUCAGAUCAAUAUAAUCGAUGAUGAGGAGUAUGAAAAGAACAAGAACUUCUUCCUCGAGAUUGGCGAGCCUCGUCUGGUGGAGAUGAGUGAGAGGAAAGCUGUGUUGCUUCAUGAGUGUGGUGGAUUCGUGAAAACAGACAAACAGCUUUAUGGCAGGGAUGUCUACCGGAAAGUGCAGGGUAGAGACAAACCCAUUCCCUCCACCAUUGUCAGCAUUACAGAGGAAGGGGAAGAUGAGACCCUGACCAAAAAAGAGGAGGAUGAGAGACGUGUUGCAGAGAUGGGUCGCCCAACACUGGGCGAGCAUGUGAAACUUGAAGUAGUUAUUGAAGAGUCAUACGAGUUCAAGAGCACUGUCGAUAAACUGAUAAAGAAAACCAACCUGGCCCUACUGGUUGGAACCAACAGCUGGAGGGACCAGUUUGUUGAAGCCAUCACAGUAAACUCUGGUGAGGAUGAUGACGACGACUGUGCCGAGGAGAAGCUCCCUUCCUGCUUUGACUACAUCAUGCAUUUUCUCACCGUGUUCUGGAAGAUUCUGUUUGCAUUUGUGCCUCCAACAGACUACUGGAAUGGCUGGGCAUGUUUUGUUGUGUCCAUCUCCAUGAUUGGUCUUCUCACAGCGGUCAUUGGUGACUUAGCAUCACAUUUUGGCUGCACAAUCGGCCUCAAGGACUCAGUGACUGCAGUGGUAUUCGUUGCUCUUGGGACUUCUGUACCAGAUACAUUUGCCAGUAAGGUGGCGGCCAUUCAGGACCAGUAUGCGGACGCGUCCAUCGGCAACGUGACAGGUAGCAAUGCUGUCAAUGUCUUCCUGGGCAUUGGAGUUGCAUGGUCCAUCGCUGCAAUUUUUCACCAGUCACGGGGUGGUUACUUCAGAGUGAACCCAGGCACGCUGGCAUUUUCUGUCACCUUGUUCACCAUCUUUGCCUUCAUCUGCAUCGCCGUGCUCAUGUACCGCCGUCGGCCCGAAAUUGGCGGCGAGCUGGGUGGCCCACGGAUUCCUAAAGUCCUUACCACCUCCCUGUUUUUCAGUUUGUGGCUCAUGUACAUUGUGUUCUCCUCCCUGGAAGCCUACUGCCUCAUCGAGGGCUUCUAA